AAGGACGCGUCACGCUGCCGGGGGGAGCGGCUGCUGCUGCUGCGGGCUUCAGCCCCCUGGCGGAGGGGCCCUUAUUCCUCUCCGGGCACGUUCUCUUCAUGGCGGGUACCGGGGCUGCCCCCCGAGCCGAGCCGAGCCUCACUGGGGCAGCUCCCCUAGAGCCGGUUCAGAGGGGCCGGAUGAGGAGACCCCCCUAACGACCCGCCCGCCUCCGUUGUUGGAGGACUGGAGCUCGCAGGCCCGUUUACAGCCUCUGCCUCUGGCUGUAGGAUUUUGCUGUGAGCGACCCACACGGUCUCCCUCCCUCUUUCUCUUCCUUCAGUGCGAUGCCCCCGCAGCAGUGGCCCCUGGCGGGGACGGCGAUCUGCUUAUUGAUUUGCUUUAAGAGACACCAGUUUUAUUUAGGCCGAGGGGUAUUGAGCAGUGUCUGAUGUGACUCAGUGCAUGGGUUAUAAUCCCACCUACUGUGCUGAACCUUGUCUAAGAAGAUCCCAUACAGCCCAUCUUCCCCAGACCCAAAGUGUGGCUAGUGACGAUGCGGAUGCUUCAGUGUCCCAAAGUGUAUGGAGGUUGCCAGGUGCUUUAAUCCUUUUUAGGCACUUACUACUGUGUGGAAUAAAUUCCCUUACUGAGUCGCAUUUUUCAUUGGUGUUCGGAUCCUUUAAGUAACCCCCAAACUCCAGUGUGUUUGGAGUUAUCCAUUUGGAGAGUGGGGGGAAAAGUUAAAUAACUCAAAUAGCUUUCAAUUUAAAGUUCAGAACAGAGCCUAUACUAGACCUCUGUGUAUUGGAAAUACAGGGGAUGUGCGGGGCGUGAAGGCUAAAACCAUAAGGUGCCAUAGCUGGUAAUUAGCAACAGUGGUCAAUGAUGGGAUAUUAAAAGUUACUACAGAGAACUUUUUCCAGAAGGUCUGGCUAGAGAAUCUUGCCCGCAUGCUCGGGGUUCAGCUGAUCGCCAUAUUUGUGGUCGGGAAGGAAUUUUCCUCCAGGGUAGAUUGGCAGAGGCCCUGGAGGUUUUUCGCCUUCCUCCGCAGCAUGGGGCAGGGGUCGCUUGCUGGAGGAUUCUCAGCGAUUUGGAGUCUUUAAAUCAUGAUUUAGGGACUUCAACAGCUGAGUCAAGGGAGAGAAUUCUUCCGGGAGUGGGUGGGUCAGCUUUUGUGGCCCGCAUCAUGCGGGAGGUCAGACUAGAUGAUCAUAAUGGUCCCUUCUGACCUUAGAGUCUAUGAGUCUAUAACUAGAUUUAAAAAAGAAUGAAAUAAAUUCAUGGAGGACAGGUCCAUCAAUGGCUGUUAAACAAGAUGGUCAGGGAUACAAUCCCAUGCUCUGGGUGUGUCUAGUCUCUGACUGCUGUGGGAGUGGAUGACAGGGAAUGAAUAAUUGCCCCGUUCUGCUCAUUUCCUCUUAAGCACCUGGCAUUGGUCACUGUUGGAAGACAGGAUAGUGGGUUAGAUGGACCAUUGAUCUGACCCAGUAUGACUGUUCUUAUGGAGAGCAUGUGUGUCAAGUCUGAAAUGGGUGAAAAAUAAAAUGUUAUAAAUGAGUGAAGGGAGUUUGUCAAGUAUAGCUAAUAUGUAAUUUUUCAUAAUGACUUAGGGACCUGUCCAGCUCUCACUGAAGUCAGGGAAAAGAAUAAGAUGUCACUGACAACUGGAUUAAUCACUUAGGCCCCAAUCCUGCAAUGAGCCCUGAGUCAGUACACCACUACAGCAGCACAGAGCUCAGUGCAUGAUUUGGGCCUUAUUGAUGUUGUCAAGUUACUUUGGGCCCCAAAUAGAGACUAUACAUUUGUUUUAAAACAUAUUAAAAUAGUUCUGGGGGAAUGUCACCAUUGCUCUUGCAGUGUUGUGAACCCAAACACAACAGCACAUGCUAGUGCAAUGCAGGGAUUGGCCUGGAGUAUCCAGGAAUGAAAGAUUAAGCUUUAAUUAAAGAUUGUGGUGUGAUGAGACCUCCAGGAAUACGUCCAACCAAAAUUGGCAACCGUAACGCUGAAACAGUUUUUAUAGGGGGCGGGUGCCAAGAGCCAUUGAACCAAACUAAACUCUGUAUAUAAGGGAAACUGCUUCAAGACAGGGGGUGUGGCAGCACUCCCAGUUCCAGCACUUAUGGGGCAAUGAGAACUGCAAAGUGAAACUGACAAGUCUAGGUUCAGUGUUGGAACACAGUGAAAUAAAAUGCGAUAGACUAAUUUACUUUUCACUAUAUUGAUAGUCUAUUUACAUUUAUUCUUGUAGUAAUCUAAAUCCAAGUUUGGAUGCUUUUAAUACAAUUCGACUUAAUGCUGUUCAUUUUAUGGACCAAAUUAAUGUAUGAUAGUUAUUUAAAUAUAUCCUGUGAGAUAGGUGAGGCCAAGAUUUGAAAUGGAAUGCAUGAGGACAGUAUAUAAAAAUGUGUGUACAAUUGUGCACCUGUGUAUGUUGCAUAAAUAUCAAGAUUACAUGUUUCAGAUAGGUAUUUAGGCACUAAACUCGCAAUUUGCAUGCAGAAUCACUGGAUGUGUGUAUAGACACAGUGCUUGCAGGCCCAAAUGUAGGCAUAACAAAUCCUCAGGCUUUUUUUUUUUUUAAUAUUAAAUAAAAAUGUGAGAUUUACAAGUGUCCAGUAGGCAUUAGGCGGCGAUCCUGAUUAUAUAGAGAUUUAAGCAUGUGCUUAAUUUUAUGCAUGUGAGUAGUCUUAUUGCCUUCAAUGGGAACGAUUUGAGACCGUCUCCCUCUACAGGUGAAAGGCUAGCAUAGUGUCUAGCCCAUUGUGUCGGUCAGGCUCUCUUAAAAUUCAUUAGUAGGUUUAAAAAUACCAACACCUAAAUGACAAGAUAUACUUCUGGAUUAAAUUUAGCAGUGACGGAGCUUUGAUUUAAUAAAAAUGUCUAGACAGUAAAAAGAAACAAACAAUAUCCUACAUUCCAAUCAUAGAGCAAAUAAACUAUAUAUACUAUAUAUGAUGAUUACUUUCUUCAACAGCAAAUCAUUUAUCCCCAAUUGCAACAUUGAAGUUUUAGGGUGCCACAACUGCCUUGCAAAAUCUUAUUCCUCAAAAACUGAUUCUAUAACUAUGAUAUUCUGAAUCUGUAACCUAUACAACCUAUUGAUUGUGUCACAUCACAUCUAUUUCAUUUUUGUUCCACAAAGACAGUAAAGGAAUUUUGAUCCUUAUGCAAUGGACUUUCUGUUAAUAGUUGGACAAUUCCUCUCUCUAGAGCUUUUCAGUGUCAUAGGAACAAAGUCAGGAUAUGAUGGCAACUGAGGAACUUCAAGCCAUUAUACAAAGAUGCCAAAUCCUAGAAGAAGAAGAUUUCAAAGGCGAAGAUUUCAAUCUUUUUCAAGUAGCAGGCCAGAAGUGCUUAGAAGAAGGUUAUGCAGCAGAAGUAUUCGAAGUAAUUCAAAAUGAGAAAAAUAAGGUUAUUGUCAAGAGUAUGGGUUGGAAUCUUGUUUGUCCUCUUGUUAGAUGUAUUUUGAGAUAUAAGCAGGAAGAUGAGAAGAGAGAACAUUGUCUGAAAAUACUAGAUCAGUUGGUGCAGCUAUGUAAUCCAAAGGAACUUUUAUUGGGUUUACUUGAGCAGAUUGAGCAGACCUCUGGGGAACAGAUAUCCCAUACUAUUCUGCUCUUGCUUCAGCCUCUGCAGACAGUUCUAUUGAAACUUCAUAGCAAGAAGUCAUACUCAGUGGGUUUAUCUUUGUCUACCAUUUUAAAUCAACUCUCUCUCCUGCCUGUACCUUACACAAAAGAACAAAUACGAGAAGAUAAACUUGGCCUCUGCCAGUGUUGCAAUGCAGUAGUGGAUUUUGCUAAACCUUUUGUGGAUGAAGUUGUUAAAAAUAUGGAAGCCUCAACAGAAAAUGUUGACGAAGAGCUCAAAGAAGAAUUGCUAAAAUUUUGUUUGAAAAGCUUGAAAUACCCCUUAUUAAUAGCACAGCUUGAUCAGCUGCAAGAAGACAUUGAAGAAGAUCCCUUAAGGCAUUUUGCAGCUGAAAUUCUAGGCAUUUUAUUGGAUAUAAAAGAAUUGUUACCAACAUUGUUUUCACACCGUGGAAGCAGAAAUCAGAACUGGGAUAAUCUGGAUUUUUUGGAUGUAGAUAGAAAGCAUUCUGCAGAUUCUUUGGCAUGUCUGUCAUAUCUGGUGUUUGUUCAGUAUUUUGGUAUUGAUUGUUUUCCAAUGGUCUUUAGUCCAUCAUACCUUCUGCAGUGCAACAUGACACACAUUGAGGUCCUAUUGGAAAGGACAGAAGAAUCUGUGUUAACUAAGGGACUUGACCUGCUUGGAAACUGUUUAUUGAGAAUGAGUGAUAAUAGCCUUCAUCAUCAGUAUUUGGAAUUCAAAGGCUUCAUUACAGCACCUCAGGGUUUGGUGAAAGUGAUGACCCUUUGUCCUAUAGAGCAUUUGCGAAAGAAGAGUUUGAAGAUAUUGCAGUUGUAUAUAGACAAGUUUGAUGCAGAGGGAAAAUACACCUUGUUCAGGUGUUUAUUGAAGACAAGCAAUCACGCUGGCGUAGAAGGCUAUGUUAUUCAAAAUAUCAAAAAUCAGAUUGAUUUAUCAUUAAAGAAAGCAAAUGACAGUAAGUGGUUUACUGGACCCCAGCUGGUUUCUCUUCUAGAUUUAGUGCUGUUGCUUCCUGAAGGGGCUGAAACAGAUCUUCUCCAAAACUCAGAUAGGAUUAUGGCCUCACUAAAUCUAUUGAGAUAUUUAGUCAUUAAGGAUAACGAAUACGACAAUCAAACUGGUAUAUGGACUGAACUUAACAAGAUUGAGCAAAAUUUCUUAAAGCCUUUGCACACAGGACUUAAUAUGUCAAAAGCACAUUAUGAAGCAGAAAUAAAGAGUAAAAAUGAAAAUAGACGAGAAUCUCACAAUUCUAAAGCAGUUUGUUCUGUAACAGUUGGUGGGGAAAAGAUGCCUAACAUGACCACUGAAAUGCAGCUUCAGGUUCUACAUUCAGCUCUUUUCACAUUUGAUUUAAUAGAAAGUGUUCUGGCCCGAGUAGAAGAACUCAUCGAAGUGAAAAUAAAAACCAUAACAUAAAUAUUGGUGGUCAAAUGAAGCACUUGGUGUCCUAAAUCCUAGUGGGUUUUUAACGCUUGCAGUACAUUAAGAUGUUGGUCAUUAUGACUUUACUUGAAAGAGACAUUAUCAAGUUUUAAACAAGUCUGUUGAAGAAUUAUUUAUAAAAGGCUGCUAGAAUACUUGCAACUGCUGUUCUUUACAUGUCUUAUUACAUGUCUUUACUGUAGAAUCUGAUUCAUGGAGAUAGACAAUGUACUAAUUUCAACAAAAUAUCCCAAGCUACCCUCUCAUUGAGUUAGCUGCAGUUUUGCUAGAGUUUGGAAAUUGCAUCUGCUUGGCAUAAGAUAAUUAUAUUUUAUUAACCUUUGGAGAUGAGAGGAUGUUUUUGAUGUGUAGAAAUAGCCUUAUGUUUGCAUUACCUAGACCCCAAUAAUAAUGUUUGGAAAGUUUUGAGCUCCACAGAUGUGUAAAUACUAGGUAUUAUUACUGCAAUUAAUAUUGCCAACCAUACUUCUAGAUUAAUAAAGACUGACUGUAAAUCAGGACUAUCCAUACUGGAGAUCUGAGCAUAGGGAUUUGAGGACAAGGGGAAGCCAUGCUUCAAAAAACACCUCCAGGACAAAACAAGAUAAGUUUAGAACUUUCCCCAGUGAAAGGUAAUAUACAUAAAGACAGUAAGCAUAUAUUUUGUAAAGAGAAACGAGAAUGCAAUUCAGUGCAUAAGUUGUUAAUGCAUAAUAUGGUCUAAAAUAUAUGGACUUGGGGGAGUCUACUCUAGGAUCAUUUUGAUUAUUCUUAUCCUCCCUAACUAUGAAGAAUCUCCCAAAGAGGUGUUUAAAUGUUUUGGAAAAUCACAGAUCACUUUGCAAUCAAACUGAAGGUAAGGCACUUGCUUUUUAAUGAUGGUUUUAUUUAAAUUGCCCAAAUUGUAAAAACAAAACAUAUAUAGGGUUUAAAAAAAAAUCACGUAACUUUUCUCUAAGUUAGCAAAUUUGGUAUAACUCACACUAUAUAGCAUUGAAUAUCACAAUAAAUGUUAUGUACAUUUUCAUUUAAUGCAUUAAUUAUAUACACAAAUAUUUUUAAACUGACCAUUUUUUGUACAGUUGCUGUAUUUUUUUUGAACAGACAAGAAAAGCAUUUGUAUUUUGUUUAGAAAUGUAACUCCAGAAGUUUUGAAUAAAUCUAAUUGGUACUAAGUUAGUUACAAUCCAACUGGAUCUUGUGAAGCAUUUUCCAAACUGGACUCUGGUCUAUGAUCUGGGCUUUUGCCAUUAGCAUUCUGUAGCGAAUGUUGUCUAUGUGUGGUUUGCAGGUGAUCUUAAAAGGAAAAAAGAAAUGUGACACUACUUACACAUAUUUUGAUUAAAAGAGAAUUAGAUAGUUUGGGUAAAGAAAUACUGAAUCAUUUACUCUUAAUAUAGUACAACUGGAAAUUACGAAGAGACUGAGACCAGAUUCUCUAAACUGGAUAUCUGGGGGUGAGAGAGAAACAAAGGUAACAGGGUAAGCUGCAUUGGGGUGCCAGGCUGAUCCUAAAGCACAACUUAAAGCAGCUGUGGGACUGCUUUGUUCAUAUUCUAAUAACAUCCCAGAAGAGGUUGUUACAGCUGCCAAGGAUUGGCUAAAUAUUGUUGCUCCCUGGCUACCCCUCCUGCACUGGGGACAGGGAGGAGUGAAACAGCAGUCAUUAUGCAUGUUGUUGUACUCCAGCUGGGGUUCCCCAGAUGGGGGAGUCUUGAAUAGAUCUGGGCCUCAUGCUAACAUCCUUUACAUGGAACUCCCAUUGAAGUCAUUGGGACAUUAGUCCAGAUCAAGUGGAGGAAAUUUAUAGCAGUACACCUAAUUUUAUUUAACACUGAAUUAGGAUAUGAUGCGGAACAGAUUUCACAAAAAGCUAGAGGUCUGACGUACAGUGGUUACUAUUAAGAUGUCAACGUUUAAUGGUUGUCACACUGUAGUACAUGAGAUGCCAGAGUUGUUUUAUAGACUCUAGAAUAGAAAAUAAUUGCAGUAUCUUAUGCCAGAAUAUUGUAACUUGGUAAAUGCUAAUUUUUUAUACGGUGACCACUUAGGAAAAGGAUAAAAUGCAAACUAAUAUCUUGUUUGUGCUAUUCCUUUUAUUUUUGGUACAUUAUUGGAGUGCUGUUCAUACUAGUAUAAUUAACGUUGACUCAGCAUUUCUGUAGAAAAAUCAU